AUGACACACACAACACACACACGAGAUGUUACGAACUUGUCACGGAGGACGCUCAGCGACGCUCAGCGGACGACCAGACCUCGCGAGAGCUCGCAGCCGACUGGUGCUUGGAGGCGGAACUCCUCAGCACGGAGCCAGCUGAGGGCUGGAACUAGAACCGCCCACUUUCCUCUCCUCUCCCCCCUCUCCGAACCCCGAACCCCUCAGCCCGUAGCGCGUAGAGACGUAGCGGCGUAG